AUGAUGGCCAGGUCUGGAGGUUGCUUGCCUCCAUGUGGAAAUACGCUCAGUCUUAAGGCUAAUAUCAGACUACGGUUAAAGUUCUGUGGCUCGCCGAUUACUGCCCGCGCCUCGCCGCUUACUGCCCGCGCCUCGCCGCUCACUGCCCGCGCCUCGCCGCUUACUGCCCGCGCCUCGCCGCUAACUGCCCGCGCCUCGCCCCUCACUGCCCGCGCCUCGCCGCUCACUGCCCGCGCCUCGCCGCUCACUGCCCGCGCCUCGCCGCUCACUGCCCGCGCCUCGCCGCUCACUGCCCGCGCCUCGCCGCUCACUGCCCGCGCCUCGCCCCUCACUGCCCGCGCCUCGCCCCUCACUACCCGCGCCUCGCCGCUUACUGCCCGCGCCUCGCCCCUCACUGCCCGCGCCUCGCCGCUCACUGCCCGCGCCUCGCCGCUAACUGCCCGCGCCUCGCCGCUCACUGCCCGCGCCUCGCCGCUCACUGCCCGCGCCUCGCCGCUUACUGCCCGCGCCUCGCCGCUAACUGCCCGCGCCUCGCCCCUCACUGCCCGCGCCUCGCCGAUUACUGCCCGCGCCUCGCCCCUCACUACCCGCGCCUCGCCGCUUACUGCCCGCGCCUCGCCGCUCACUACCCGCGCCUCGCCGAUUACUGCCCGCGCCUCGCCCCUCACUACCCGCGCCUCGCCGCUUACUGCCCGCGCCUCGCCCCUCACUGCCCGCGCCUCGUCCCUUCACUACCCGCGCCUCGCCCCUCACUACCCGCGCCUCGCCCCUCACUACCCGCGCCUCGCCGUUCACUACCCGCGCCUCGCCCUUCACUUCCCGCGCCUCGCCCCUCACUGCCCGCGCCUCGCCCCCUCACUGCCCGCGCCUCGCCCCAGGGGGAGACGUGCGCCUCACCAAAGGAACCGCCGGCCGGCACCUUGCACCUUGCAACCGUCACCUCACUCCGCCUUCUAA